UUUCACUGCAACAGCAUGAGUAAAGCAUUUCAAAGUGGACAGCGACUCUGUCCACUGUGUUAGUGCUAGUCCCUAAAUCAGCAAAGCAUGGAGUGAGUGCCACUAAUGGGAACAAAACUUCUGAAGUCUGGGAUGUAGAGAGAACCUGCAUUUACCAACUCCCAGCCACGGUUUCUCUCUUGAGGCUUUUAGGACCGUCACUCUUAUGCUUGCCAUGGAAUUACAGCGAAUUCUAUCCAGUGCAUACCAUGCCGCUCUCCUGCUGCCACUCUCCCUUUUGCUUUGGGGAACAUCAGGCUCUGAAACUGCCAGCAGCUGCUCGUCAUUCCCUUGUGAGAACGGGGGAAGCUGUGAGGAUUUGGAGGGGGGCUACAGGUGCCUCUGCCCUCAGCAACCAGUGGCAUACAUGGGCACAAACUGUGAAUUCCUCUACUCUGUGUGUGCUGUGCACAAAUGUCCCCCGAAUUGGAUAUGCAGUGAAACUGCGGGACUCCUGGAUUAUGAAUGCAUCUGUAGGCCUGGCUUCACAGGUACUGAGUGUAGUGUUAAUAUUAAUGAGUGUGAGAGCGACCCUUGUAAAGGGCCUCAUUUUGAAUGUGUAGAUAGUGCAAAUGGAUACAUCUGCCAAUGCCAAAUGGGACCAAAUGGAGAAGGCUGCCGCACUGAAAUAUCUGUGUGCUCUAGCCACCCCUGCCAAAAUAAUGGGACCUGCAUUGAGGGUGCCGGAAUAUAUACCUGCAGCUGCCAACCUGGUCUCACCGGGGUCCACUGCGAAGAUAACAUCGACGAGUGCGCCUCCAGCCCAUGUCAGAAUGGAGCCAUCUGCCUAGACAGGGUGAAUGAGUAUAACUGUUUCUGUGUGCCUGGGUUCCAAGGAAACCGCUGUGAAAUAGACAUCAACGAGUGUGCAUCCCGGCCCUGUAAAAACAAUGGCACCUGCCUGAAUGAGAUGGAUCACUAUUUGUGCAAGUGUGUCCCCGGCUAUACAGGUGUAAACUGUGAUGCUGAAAUAGAUGAAUGUGACUCAGGCCCUUGCCAGAAUGGGGGCACGUGCACUGACCACAUUGGGUUCUACACCUGCACUUGUGCACCAGGUUAUGAGGGAAUCCAGUGUGAGGUGGACAUCAAUGAAUGUGCAAGCCAGCCAUGUAUCAACGGAGGGAUAUGUCAUGACCUUGUUGACAGCUACCAGUGUGAUUGCAGUGACACAGGCUUUGAAGGGGAGCACUGCGAGUUGGAUAUCUUGGAGUGCGCCUCCCAGCCCUGUUUGAACAAUGCUACCUGCCUGGAGGGUGUCAAGAAUUACAGCUGUGCCUGCUGGCCAGGUUACACAGGGCAGCGCUGUGAGGAGGAUGUGGACGAGUGUGCUACAGACCCUUGUCACAAUGGAGGCGUGUGCUUUGAGCGAUCCAACCAAACCUACUAUGGGACACGACACGACUUCCCCAGCGAGUUCAGCUAUAGUCAAGCUGCAGGUUUCCUAUGCUGGUGCCAGCCAGGUUUUUCAGGGGAGAACUGUUCUGUUAACAUUGAUGAAUGUGAGUCUCAGCCAUGUCAGAACGGAGGGUGCUGCACCGAUCUGGUUAACGGCUUCCUUUGCCAUUGUCUACCAGGAUACUCAGGUGUGGAAUGUGCUGUCAACAUUGACGAGUGCAAGGAUGACCCCUGCGAGAAUGGGGCUACCUGUAAGGAUGCCAUUGCUGACUACUUUUGCUACUGUGCCCCUAGUCAGGAUGGCAUCAUAUGGGGAGGGAAGAACUGCUCUGUUGAGCUUACUGGGUGCCAGAAGCAUGCUUGCCAAAACGAGGCCUUGUGCAUCCCAACAUACCAAGCUGAGACCCAUGGACACCUUUGCCAGUGCCAGCCUGGUUUCUACGAUGCCAAAUGCUCAACGCCAACAACGUUUUCCUUCAGUUCCCGAGGGUAUAUCUUUAUUGACAUGCCUAUGAAUAAUAAUCGGAGCAGGAGGGAUGUGGCAGGGGACUACCUGGCCACGGUGUCUCUCCGGUUCCGAACCACCUUGCCUGAUGCCAUCCUCUUCUACCGAGGCAAUGAAGCAGAAUACCUGUUCCUGGAGCUCUCUGAUGGCAUGCUGCAUGUGGAGCUAAGGAGAGAUGAUACUGAAUCCUCUUUGCUCUUGAAGGGGCUGAGGGUUGAUGAUGGCCAGUGGCACAAAGCUGAGGUUCUUCUGCAGGACUCUCUACAGUUAAAGCUCUGGCAUAAAGCUUGUGACACAGGAGUCUGCCUGCAGGGCUUUCCUACUAGAGACGGUGUCGCUUCUCUCUCACUUGCCUUCCUAAAAACUUACAUCGGGGGAGUUGAUGGAGACUCGACAGCUAACAAUACACGGAGCCGGGAGAGUUUCAUCGGCUGCCUGGAGGACCUGGAGAUUGAUUAUCAGGCUAUUCUUCCCUUGGAUAUACCCGACCGCGAAUCCUCUCCAGUGGAGCUCGGCUGCAACAGGACAGAAUGGUGCCACUCCCAGCCCUGUUCUCAGAGAGGCCUGUGUGUAGACCUCUGGGCAACCUUUAGGUGUGACUGCACUAGGCCUUAUGAAGGCCAGACUUGUUCUCAUGAGUACCCAGCAGGAACAUUUGGCUUGGAAGAUUCCUCCAGCUUUGCUUCCUUCACAAUUGCUGAUAAUCCUGGUGCAAACUUCAACAUCUCCUUUUUUAUCCGUACUCUGAAGCUAAGUGGCCUAGUGCUGCAAAUCAGCAAUGGGACUGACCCCUGCCUCACUGUAUAUCUGAAAAGUGGCCAGCUCCAGAUAGCAACAUCAUCUGCAAAUGCUGUGACUUUCUCAGAAAACCUGGCUGAUGGGAGGAGAUAUCUGGUAACUCUCACCUUCCAAGGAGGACGAGUUCAUGCCAGCCAUUCAGACCGAGAUGUGGAGCUAGGGCAGCUGGCAGUGCUGCCUCUUGUAGCUGGUUUUGAGGUGUAUGUUGGUGGACUUCCUCACCAAGACCAUGUGAGCACAUGGGGAGGAUAUUUUAAAGGCUGUCUUCAAGAUUUCCAGCUCAACAACCACCGAAUGGAGUUCUUUCCUACUCAGGCUGAGAACAGUCUGCCACAAAAGGUGUACGUGGUACAAACCACUAACCUCGCUCCGGGCUGCAUCUCCGAUGACACCUGCAAGUCUGGGCCAUGUCACAAUGGUGGCACAUGCGCUGUCACCUGGAAUGACUUCAGUUGCAGUUGUCCAGCAAAUUUCACUGGGAAAACCUGUGAGGAGAGAGUCUGGUGUGCAAGUGACCCAUGUCCCAAAGCCACUUCCUGCGUGGAUGUUCCAGCAGGAUACGUAUGUCUGGCUAAUGCAACAUUUCAUGGCAAUGCUGCCAUUGAAUUCACCACCAAUGCUUCAGUCACCAGAGCUCUCAACAGCCUCCACCUAGACUUCAAAACCAGGGAUGAAGACGCCAUUUUGCUCUGGGCUACUGAAGAGGUGGACUCCCUCCAAAUUGCUAUUCAGAACUCCACUCUGCUUGUGGGUAUUAGAAGUGGGAACAGCAUUGAAGGGGUCAGUUUCCUGAGUCAGACACCCAUUGCGGAUGGCUCCUGGCACAGAGUCUCUCUGUCUAUGGAAGAGCCGUCUGUGCUGUCUUCAAGGUGGCUAGUUCAUUUGGAUGGUUCUGUGAACGUGACUCUCCAGGGGAAUGCUGGGAACCUGGACUUCUUAAAGAACAAUGUGCUGAUUGUACUAGCUGAGAACUUCACAGGCUGCCUUGGACAUGUGAACAUAGGGGGAGUAUAUCUGCCGUUCACUGGCCAGCUCUCUUACCCUCAGCCAGAGCAGUUCCUGCAGUCUGGCAGGGGACACAUCCAGCUGGGCUGCACUGGGGCUGAUGUCUGUGCUUCGAGCCCUUGUCUCAAUGCGGGCACUUGUGAGGACUUGUUUAACUCCUUCCGAUGCACCUGCAGUGCCGGAUGGGAGGGGCCUCUGUGUGAGUCUAACAUAGAUGACUGCAAGUCCAGCCCAUGUGUCCAUGGGGACUGCGUGGACUCAGUGGCAGAUUUUCAGUGUGACUGUUUCCGGGGCUACAUUGGGAAGAAGUGUAACAUCAAUGUGGACGAUUGCAUGCGACACCAGUGCUUAAAUGGAGGGACCUGUGUUGAUGGGGUUUACAGCUACUCCUGCAAGUGCCCAGCUCAGUACUCAGGACCUCGCUGCGAAUGGCCGUUUCCACCUCAACAGUGCGGCAAAAACUUCACCUGUCUGAAUGGAGGCAAAUGUACCAGUGAGACAUGGGGCGCCAACUGCACCUGCAAGCCGGGCUUCGCCGGAAGGAAAUGUCAAAUUAACAUCAAUGAGUGUGAUCCAAACCCGUGCCAGAAUGGAGGGACAUGCCAGGACUCUGUGAACAAGUACCAGUGUGUAUGCAGUGCCAGCUACACCGGAGAGCGCUGUGAUGUUGAUCAGCCAGCCUGGGCGCAUCUUAGCAACUCCUCGUUUGUGGGAGCAGUCGGGGCUGCAGGGGCUACCCUGCUCCUUGCACUUGUUGCAGCCUCUGUGAUCGCCAUGAAGAAAAGGAGAGCAACUCAGGGAACAUACAGUCCCAGCCGCCAGGAGAAAGACGGGGCACGAGUGGAGCUGUGGAACGUGAUCAAGCUGCCGCCAACAGAGAGGCUGAUAUGAGCACUAGGUAUGAUCGGGGGUGCAGUUUUCCGCCAUUACAGUUGCUAGAAUGCCACAGUUCUGUCUGAAUAUGUUAAAGUCAGAGAUGCUCUUUGUGGGGCAAUCCCAUUCACCACUUGGGUUCUCUACAGGAGGGGGCAGCUGCCCAUUCACUGUUGGCUGGAGUCAUGAACCUUGUUUUGGGUUUUGUGAUUGCAGCAUAUCCCUGGAGAAAACAGCUCAGCCAGAAAGGGCAGGGGAACAAAGGAAAGCUUCUGAGGGCAGUUACUGCUUGAGCUGUUUGUAUACAAAAAUGUUACACAGCCUACACUGCUUAGGAAAAGAGAGGGGACAAACCCCAUCCUUCCUCUCCCUUUGUCAUUUGAUGGUUCAUGGCAGGAGUAAUUCUCACUGCCAUGAAAUCAGCACAAACAUGUUGACCGUUAGUAGAUAGCAAACAGCAGCAAGAAGACAGUUCAGGGAGGCCUAGUUAACAGAGUAAGCAUUUAAUUUCUUCACUUAAUGCACAGUGCAACUCCAAGAAAUCUGCCAGUGCAGGGGGAAGGAAUCCUCUCUCCCUACACUGCAAGGACAGGAUGACUGAUCAGUUGCAGAAGAUGCUUUCCAUAGCUCCAUCCUUCCAGGGCCCAGAUUAGAAUCACCACUUACAUUGAAAGAAAAUGUGUGUGUGUGUGUGUGUGUGUUAGACACUUGAUUGUUCUACGACUAAACCACUGGAAUAAUUUACGUGCCUUGUUGUGACCGAAUCACCAGUUACAGUAUUAACUUUUUCAAACAGAAUGUUUAGGUAGAGAAAAACUGAUCACUUAUUUGAUCAGAAUCUACAGUGAGGAUGGUCUUAGUGGCCUGUAUACUGGGGUUUUUAAAUUAUUUCAUAGCUGUAGCAUCUGCCACCUACACACAAUCAGCUAGAGUAAAACUCCUAAGAAAUAUGGAUUGGUUUAGUUUGUAGAAGUGCAGAGAGCAGCCCCUCUAGGAUUUCAGGCAGUUGUGUACUAAGGGUGAAAUUCACUGGCGGCCAGAGGGCCAGCACUUAACGCAGCACGAUGGAGUUUGGGGCUGGCCCUUUACACAGGGGUGAAUUUCACCCCAUGUAAGAAAUGCGGUGAACUAUGUGCUGAAUUCCUAAUUAAGUGUUCUACUGUUUUGUAAAAUAUUACAUUGAUUUUUCUUAUCCUAAUUUCCCUGAGAAGGACAAACUAUUUCUUGUGUGUCUUCAUUCCACCUUUUGCUAGCUACCGCAUGCAGUAUUCCCUGACCACCCCAGUGUGUCAGACACUAUGCAAACACCUGCUACAGCACAUGCCAACUGAGGUCUAAAAUCAUUAGCAUUUCAUCAUAAUUAUUACAAAGACCAGUGAGAAAUAUUUUACAAAACAGUGUCUGCUCCUAUCUACAGAGCACUCCUUAAUAAGCAGAGGUGUGAAUCCACACACGCAUCACAGCAGACUGCCUUUGGAAGGAAAUCCUCUCUACCAGUCUGGUGUUUGAAAGUAUUAUUCUAUUUACUGUUGCUGUAAAUAGUUCUGAAAUUCUAAUAAAAGGGAACAGGUCUAAAACUAGAGAUUCAGCCAGUCCUCUUCAGGGCAAGUCCCCUUAGCACAAAUAAGUGUUUGAAUGAAGACCAAUUAUUUUGAAAACACCUUUCACUUGUAUCGUAAUGUGAUAUUUAUCUGAAUUUUUGCACAUAGGAUUACAACAAUGCCAUCCCUCUAAUAUUGAUGGAGGAGAAGCAAGGGCUGACCAUUCAAGGGUAGAGAGUUGUGAAUAUCUUUGCAGAAGAGAUUAUCUAAAUCAGGGGUUCUCAGACUGGGGGUCGGGAGCUGUCAGCCUCCAUCCCAAACCCCGCUUUGUGCAUCCAGCAUUUAUAAUGGUGUUAAAAAUAUAAAAAGUGUUUUUAAUUUAUAAGGGGGGGGGUCGCACUCAGAGGCUUGCUGUGUGAAAGGGGUCACCAGUACAAAAGUUUGAGAACCACUACUCUACAUUUCAGUAUAUGUAGACUACCACAGAUUUAUUAUUAAUGCUGCUGUAAUUUACCUUUAAACCCAGUGAUCUGCUCUACAUGUUACUUCUCCAAUUGUUUUCUACUGAGGUUUAACUCAAGUAUAACACUGCUGCUUCCAGAUCCUCUAGCACUAGCUAUCCACUCAGCUGCUGCAGGGAGACUGGAUGAACUGCAAAUUCUGAAACUGUGUUUUUGGCCAGCAGCAUUUGAGCAAUUGAGGAGAAAACAGGUCCUACAGAGCUGAGCUGGUUGUUGGGAGUCUUUUGGAAAGGGGAUGAAUUCACCUCCUCUUGUUCCUGCCUCAAGGCUGGGAUAGCUUGCCAUGUCCAGGAGACCCUUCUCACCAGAAGACAAUGAUAGUGGGCCUUUCUCCCUGGAGGUUGAACCAUGGCCAAAGCGUUCCUGGAAGCGAGGUGGGAUCAUGCCCCAGCCUUACCUCAGGAGACUGGGGAGAAAACUUUCAUUUAGGGCCCAAGUGAAAUGAGUUUGAGUUCAUUCCAUGAGGGCACAUCAUAAAGCCCCAGAAACCCAGACUAGAAUAGCAAGAGGUUGCUGCACAUACGCACUCAGGUGCAGUUGGAAACUUGUACCUUUCGUCUUCAGUUGCACUUUGUAGUUUAAAAAGAUAAGUUGUAUAAAUUAAAAAAACAAAUGCAGCAGCAAGACCUAAAACCUGCUAUUCUACGAUAAGAAUGGACAUGUUAGUCAUUUUGUGUAUUACAAAGCUACUGAACAUCUAUGGAAAAACAACAGUAGGGUAAGACAGGAGACCUAAAACCAGCCUGAAGGUAAAAGGUGCAUCUAGAUCCCUCUUCUCCUCUCCAGUGAUCCCAGUUUCUUUAUAAGGUUAUCAAAGCAGGUUUACUAGCCUGACUUCAGGUAUUCCAAAACCACAACUAGUGAAAGGGUACAAGACCAUGACAAAGUAUUUUUAACAUUUCUGCUAUUUAAUUUAUGGAGCAUUUUUUCCACUGUGAAUUUAAUUUUCUUUUGAUAUUUAAUUUUUGAAUAUAUUUUUUCACAAACCAAUUUGCUACAGAUGCUGUUCCUCAAAGACAGUUGACUUUUUUUGUAAAUGUAAAUUGCAUAGAUGUGUAAAGAUAGACUGUUUCUCAGAUAAAUUUAUUUACAAUAAAAGCUGGUUAAAAAUG